AGUUCACACGAGGACCGGUAGAAAGCGUUACGGUACGUCCGAGCGCGUAAAAUACGACGAAAUUAAAAAAAGCCGUAAAUUUCAGCGUAACAUUCUAUAUACGUACGGUAACAUUGCGAUCAGAGCAAUUGCGCACAAUUGCAGAGUAAACAGUUUGUUUACUACUUGUCGAACGAUCGAUCUGAAGUUGUUUCAAUCAAUUUCUUCAGUUUGCAACAAUACGAGGCUUCACGUAGAACGAGAUAGAGCUGAUGAUACAAUCGAAUGUACGAUUUUUAUACUAAGAGUGCCUAAAAAAUUAUGCAAGAAGACUCCGAAAAGCCGUGCGCGGGCACGCAGAGCGGCAAGUUCAUCGAUACGCUGAUCGUACAGUGGAUGAAGCGAACGGGAAGCAAUAUCUCAUUGCACCAAACAGAAGAGAUGCAGCAAGCACCCGAGAAUCCAAGCACACAGGAGCCCAACAAGCAGCAAGCCCUGCAACACCAGGAACAGAUCAUCCAAAACCUGAAACGGAAGCUAAAAGAGAGCCAGGAAGUGGAGGCAUCCCUUUCCUCCUGCUUGGAAGCGGAAGUACGCAACAAGGAGGAGAUUCAGACGAAACUGAAUGGCACUUGGGAAUCCAUCGAGACCAUCGCGGAAUAUUUCAAUUACAUCAGUGAGACUCUUGCCAGCUUCCAACAGCAUCACGCUAAUUUAUCCUCCUUAUAUGACAACGUGAUUCUGAAGCAACAAGAGACCAUCCAGAAACUUCAGGCGAACAAUGAAAAAAUGAAAGAUCAGGAGAAUCAAAUCGCGCAUUUGAGAAAUAAAUCGUUGUUCCUGGAAGAGAGACUACAAGAGGCAACAGUAGAGGAAGAUAAAUUGCGAAAACAACUGGAAAAUUCCGAGUACGAGCUACAAUUGCAGAAGAACGAAUUGGCCAACACACAUGCUCAGGAAAAGCUGAAGCUUGUCAAAGAGCAACAACGUUUGCUACAAGAAUAUGAAUCACGUCUGCAGACGGUCGAGAAAGAAAAAUGUGACGUUGCGAAAUUGGCCGCACAACUGGAAAACAAAUUACAAAUUCAAGAAGAGAAAAUGCGAGAGACCCUGACGGAGCAAACCAAAUUGCGAAAGCAACUGGAGGAUACCGAGCGCGAAUUUUGUUCCCAGAAAAAUGCAACAGCGAAUGCGCACGCCGGAGAAAAAAAGAUACUUGUCGAAAAACAACAACAAUUGCUAUCAGCAUACGAAAGUUUACAAUCACAAUUAAAAGUGUUGGAACAAAACAAGAGCAAUACUGCAGAACUAAUGGCGCAAAAGGAUGUGCUUCUUUCAAAACUUCAGGAUGAAAAUUCCACGUAUAAAAAUCAGAUUGAAGUAAUGAAAGAGAAUAACAACGAGAUGUACAAUAAAUGCGAGGCAUCGAUGGAUAAGCAAAAUAUGUACGAGAAGGAAUUAAAUGCAAAGUCAGAAAGAAUUCAAAACUUGGAAGCGAUAAUGAAUGCGAUAAAACAAAGAGAGUCGAACCUCAUCAAUGACGUGAACAGAAUAGAGAAAAAAUUAACCAACGAAAUGGACUAUGCUAAGAAUCUCGAGACUAAACUAAACAACACGCAGAAGGAGCUGCAAUUUGCACAGGAGCAAAAUGACGAGAUGCAAAAGACUCUAGAUAGAAUAAAUACUACGAGUGAACUGGACAGUAUUAAAUUACAACAGCAAUUGAAGACUCUUCAGAGGGAAAAGGAAGAAGUUCUAAAGCGAGAGAAUACGCGGAUUAAGAGUGCUGAGAUCUUGUAUGAAAACAUGCAAGCCAAGUACAAAGAGGUGUCAGCCUUGAAGAACAAUCAUGAAACACAGCUGGUAGAGUUGAAAAAAACGAUAGAUCAUCUGAACGAGAUGAACAAUGACAUCAGGAAAGAAAACAACGUGCUGAACAUGACGUUAACGGAAGUAAGAGCGGAUAACAGCAACUUGAGGAACAAUCACGAGUUGCUCGUGACACGUAAUGAGGAGCUGCAAGGGAGGUUGCGCGAAACUACAGAAGCGCUUCAGAUGAGAUCUAUCGAGGACCGGAAGCAGCUCAAGGAUAACCUCACAAAGGAAGAGAAACAACCGAUAACACAGUCGAAGAGCCAACAGAAGAAGAACGCGAAGCGCAAGUAUGGAAUCCGUUUUGAUCCUGACAUCACGGAAAUAACCGAGGCCGGACAGUGCAACGUCUCCACAUCCGUGGAUGUUAGCGACGACGACGACGAGGACGAUAAGCAACCGCCGUCGCAGCCGCUGAAUCGCUCCUCGACAGAAAGGGAAAGUCAGAAGGAGCAAGAAGCGGAAAUUACGUCAGUCGGAAGGAAGUUCUUCAAGUCGCGUCCCGUUCAGCAUACCUACUACAAGCGGCGACAGAAUUUUUAAAGAAAUUUAGAGAGAGAGAAUCGUCGAGAAACGCCGCUGAUUCGGGUGCAACUCGUUCAGAGAUAAAUCUUUAAUUUCUUUCUCUUUCUUUCUUACUUAUUUUUAUUCUUUUUUAUUUUCUCCGUAUCGUAUCAUAUUCCUCAACAUCAUUCCUUUUUGUUUUCGUUCAGAAUUCAUUUAGUAGAUCAUUAAUUUGGAAAAUAUAAUGCACAUCGAGAAAUUAUCAAUAUGAGAUUAUCCACUCGAUGUGAACGUGAAUCAUUAGCAUACGAGAGGGUAGAUACAUUUAGGGUAAGAUUGCAGAUACGGAAUACGAGUCAUCGUCGCGCUUUCAAAAAGACGCCCACGCACCUUCGACACGGAGAAGACGAGGUUGUAGCUGGUGGAAGCACGCAGAACUUAAAUUUAAACGUGAUUCAGCGGCCUGCUAUCCAGCCAAUAAAUGAUCUCCUUUAAAUCGACACGCGAAACUGAAAUUACGCAACGCGAUAAUGGAACUGUUCGGAUCUCUCCACGAGUCGGGAAGAUUUCGUAUACUUUACGUUUUUGUUCGCAAAACUUACCAUACAAUCUCGUACAUCCGGCAAUCUUUUCUACAUUAUGUACAAUAAUUUGUAUUUUUCUUUGGGAGAAAUAUUUGUGUAACUAAAUUAUUUCAGUUUCUCUGAA